AUUGACUCACAGAGAAUGUACCAUUUUUUUCAGCCCAAAAAGACUGGUGUUGAAGUCCCAAUAAAAGGUAAAGCCCAGCGCACAGAGUCUGUCCGACAGCGUGUUGUGAAUAACACCCUGAAGAAGAACAUUACAGAGCUGGUGCAGAGCUGUCAGGUCAGCCAGGAGCUGGGGGAAGCACAGGUUGAGAUCACCAAGGUUGCUGUGACUCCAGACUUUCUGACAGCACGAGUGUUCUGGAGAGCACCAGGAUUAGAUGAUGACAAACAUAUUGAGGACUUGUUAGACAGGUCCCGCUUCCAAUUAAGGCAUACACUUAUCCAGCUCCAUGUGAUCGGGAAGGUUCCCCCCUUAGUGUUUAUAAAGGACAAGGAGCAAGCUGCUGUGGAUGAAGUGGAGAGAUUACUUGCUACAGCUGACUUUGGUCCGGAAGAAGAGGAGACACCUGAAAACCUGGAGUCUGACAAAGAGUCUGAUCUGGAGGAAAGUCUGGAAGAACUGGCCCUUCAGGAUAACUUCAUAGAUAGGAUGCCACUUUUUCAUAUAGACCAUCAUUCUCUUAACAAGCAGAUAAUGCAAAACAGGGCAAGGAAAAGGGAUGGCCUGGCUGAGGAUGGGACGGACCUACCGGAAGUUAUUUUCAGGAAGAGGAAUAAGAGAAAGUUGGGGCGAGUAUAUGAGUCUCCAGACACAGUCUUGAGGGACUUGGAGGAGGAUACUGAUGCAGAAAGUGAACUAAGCUGGGAAAAUUCUGGGUAUGAGAGUGACGAGGAUGAAAGUUCAACUGAGAAAAAGAAAUAGAACUCUUGUACAUAUACUAUAAUGAUAAGAGUCACUCAGUCACAUCAGACAGUAGUUAUUUAUCAUAAACUUUUAUAACAAGAUUUUUUUUCAUUUACAUGAUCUGUUGAGCUAUAUUAGUUUUCAAAGCCAUUAUCACAUACCUCUAAGCUAGGUUGUACAAGUACAGCUGUGAGACAAGCACUUAAUAUUUAAAGUGAACCAGUUCUUAACUACAAAAGUUGGAAUUGCAUGCCUACCAUUAUUUCCCUAGCUCUAUCAAGUGUUUGUACAAAAUACAGAACUAUACACCAUAUGUUGCAAAUGUUUCUUAAUAAACAAUAAACAACAACAAACAAUAAACAAGACAAAGUUAUAAUAAAGUUUCUAUAUACAGUUUCUUCUCAGCAAUACAUUUCAGAAUAAAACCAAUGUUCUUGUUAUUGGUA